AUGGAGAAAAGAAAUGAAAGGGAGAGGGCCGAAGAAAGAGAGGUGAAAAAAAAGUUUUUUUUUUCUUUUCCAUGAUGGGAACGCUUGACCUUUAAGUUUUGACUGUAGUGCCAAAGAACUCAACUUUCUUUCUCCUCUCCUGAUUUCUGUGGGGGGAAAAACCUUCUGUUUGAUCAGACGAAACCCCGAAUGUGUUUCCAAUGGAUUUUUCAGUGGUCGGCUCUUGAAUUCAUGAUGGGUUUCACUUGUUAUUGAAGGAGCGACCAAUGUGAAUUUUCCGACCAGCUGUUGGAUUGGAUCUGUCAAAGACGAUGAGCUCUUCUUCUCCAGCACAGUUUGCAUCCUUCAGAAACAUGGGAAUCUACGAGCCAUUUCAACAGAUAGCCGCUUGGGGGAAUUCUUUCAAGGCAGACAUGAACAACAAUGGUAACAGUAACAACAAUACAAGUCCCAACACUGCUUCCUCCACUGUAAUUCAAGUGGAAACUAGAACAAAUGACAACAACAACACCAACAACAUUAACGAGGUGAAUUAUGACUUUUCACACAGUCCUGUUGAAGCAGAACCUUCUAAUGACCCAUCUGAAGGCCGGGUCGCUGAUAAGCUACAACGUCGUUUGGCACAGAACCGGGAGGCUGCCAGGAAAAGCCGUCUGAGAAAGAAGGCAUAUGUCCAGCAGUUAGAAGAAAGCCGGUUAAAGCUGUCGCAACUGGAGCAGGAGCUCCAGAGGGCUAGGCAGCAGGGAUUAUACGUACGUAGCUCAUCAGACACGAGCUUUCUCGGACCAUCUGGCACUAUGAACACAGGGAUUGCUGCUUUUGAGAUGGAACAUGCCCACUGGUUAGAAGAACAGAACAGGCGAGUUAGUGAGAUUAGAACCGCACUUCAAGCUCAUAUAAGCGACAUAGAGCUCCGUAUGUUGGUGGAUAGCUGCCUGAACCAUUACGGAAAUCUCUUCCGAAUGAAAGCUGAUGCUGCAAAAGCCGAUGUCUUUUACUUGAUAUCGGGUAUGUGGAGAACGUCAACGGAACGCUUCUUUCAGUGGAUUGGAGGCUUCCGCCCGUCUGAACUGUUGAACGUUGUGAUGCCUUAUCUCGAGCCCUUGACAGAUCAGCAAAUCUUGGAGGUGCGUAACCUACAACAGUCGUCUCAGCAAGCGGAGGAUGCCCUCUCUCAAGGCAUUGAUAAGCUUCAGCAGGGUUUGGCUGAAAGCAUAGUUCUUGAACCGGCUGAUUCUGCAAAUUAUGGAGCUCAUAUGGCUGCAGCCAUGGAAAGUCUUCAAGGUUUAGAAGGUUUCGUGAAUCAGGCGGAUCAUCUGAGACAGCAAACUCUGCAGCAAAUGGCGAAGAUCUUGACGACAAGACAAGCAGCUCGAGGUCUGCUCGCAUUGGGUGAGUACUUCCACAGGCUUCGUGCCCUUAGUUCUCUCUGGGCGGCUCGUCCAAGAGAACCCACCUGAAGUUUUUUCUUUUCACGAGACAAGAACAUAAGAACAAAAAGACAGAACACAGAUUCAGACAGAGAUGCAACUUCAGUUGAAGGUUAUAUAGGGUUUGUGUUUUAGUUUUUCAAGAUUUCCAGCAAAAGCGUUAGUUGCAGAAAGUGGUUCUCCGUCAUUAGAUCCUUUUAUCGGAAUCGUUGUAUUUUGUUUGCUUAUGGAAUGGAAAUUCUCCAGAGGGAAGAUGUAAAUUUGCAUGGGAAUGUGUAACGUAUCGAUAAAUAAGAAGAAGACGACGGCGACAGACAUUUGUAAUUUAUGUGUGAAUUCUGAUCGAUGUGAUAAUGUAUGUCCAAAACUCGCUUUUCUGUA